CCCCUCCUCCGCUUCCGCUUCUAGGGUUUAGGGUUUUUGCCGGCCACCAUGCGCCACCUCGCCCGCCUCCUCAACCACCGCCUCCUCCUCCCCUCCUCCUCCGCCUCCGCCGCCGCGGCCUUCUCCACGUCGAGCCGCACCUACGCCCGCCGCACCACCAAGCCGAAGCCGGCGCCGCCCGCCGCCGGGGAGGCCGCGGGGGAAGGGGAAGGGGAAGGGGAGGGGACGGGGCCGGGAUGGCAGAGGGAGAAGCUCAAAGGCGAGCUCCCCCGGCCGUCCACCAUCGCGUUCCAGCCGCGCGUCGCCAACGCCGUGCAACUCAUCGGCACUGUCGGGGUGCCCGUGCAGCUGCAGCGGAUGCCCGACGGCCGGUUCUCCGCCGUGUCGGUGCUCGUGCAGCAACGCCAUGCUGAUUACCCCAACUUCUGGAUUCCCAUAAUAUUCCAAGAUGACUUGGCACAAGUUGCUGCAUCUCACUUGCAAGAGAAGGACCUUAUACAUGUAUCUGGACAAUUAACGGGAGAUAUCCCUCCAACCAAACUUAUGGAUGGUCAAGCAGAUAUUCAGGUUUUAGCCCAAACGCUAUCAUUUGUUGGUAGUAAAACAGUUGAAACUGAUAGCAUGGUGGAUGAAGAGGAAGGAUUUCUGAAGGUUGUUGAGGUCGAAAAGAAAGUUGAAACAAAAAAUAUCAUCCCUAAAUAUCCACCAAGCACAGUUUCAGGCUAUAGAAACAAGGGGGAUAAGCUAAACAAACUCUGGAAUGAUGUUUUGGCUAAUCCUCAAGACUGGACUGAUAACCGAGCUGGGAAGAAAAAUGGAUCUAAGCAUGCGAAGUACCCUGACUUCAAAAACAUUGUAUCAAAAGAGGGACUUUGGCUUGACAGUGCACCAAAAGCAGUGCUGGAAAAGUUGGAUGGUUUAGUCUUCAGUGGUGGUUUCAGCACAGGAAUAAAUUAUAGGCCUUUUGGUGGUGGCAAGGGCAAUGGUACAAAUUGGGGAAAGAAGACUCAAGAUGCUUCUUCAAUGUCAAAAGAAAAACUCCAAGGGGAGUUGUGGCAAGAUCUGGUGGACAAUCCUGGCAAAUGGUGGGACAACCGAUCAGACAAGCCUUCACAAAAAUAUCCUGACUUCAAGCACAAGGAAAACGGUACGCCUCUGUGGAUUGGAUCACAGACACCUAAAUGGGCUAUAGAGGCGCUGCCACCUGCAAAACCAACAAAGAUCCCUUUUAAGGGAGAUAGGAAGCAAGAGACCCUCCUCUCAUGAUUUGUACGAGAUUGCAUGUGAUACAACGAUAUACUAGGAGGUUCUGACCUGUCCAGGAAAAGAGAAUGGCUGGAAAGGUGAAGAUUGAGGAGCUAAUGAGAGGAUCCACUCAUGAAUUUUGGAAAUUUGAUAAUCUCUUAUGCAUGUCUUUUCUCCCUAUCCCAUCCAUACAUACAUCUAUAUGCCUAUUGGGAGGCUUGUUUGGACCUAAAUCAUCGUUGGAUGCACUACUGAGGAAGGGGAUAUCUAGGGUCAUUAGGCGGGUCGAUAAAGCCAUCAUCUUGGUUACAAUUUUCACAAGAAAGGGGGGAAAGGAUGUGAUGUUGGUGUGAUGUGACAUGUUGGGCUCACUUUGUGUUUUUGCCUAUCUGGGCUUCCCAUUUGUACUGCCUGCUACCAGGGAAAGUGCCAAACCGUUGAAUCGUCUUCUGGGUGCAGCUAGCUAGGUGACUUAAGCAGGGUUUAUUUACUUCAUCGAUGAUAACCGCUUGGUCAUCAUGGUUAUCAACUUCAUUGACAGGUACUCCAUCCAAAAAUAAUUAUCAUAUAAGAGAAAAAAUAAAUUGAUUAUCAUAUAAGAAAAGAUAGCAUAUUAUGCAUUAAUUAUAAUAUGAACAAUCCUCCGGUUCACAUGCAC